AUGUCCGGCGCCUCUAACGAUGGAGAGGGCUCACGCAACUCGAUGCCGGCGUCGCGGCGUCCGCGAGCGCCUACCAUCACAAUCGACACCUCAGCAGUAAGCCCGGUGACUCUAACGGAUCAGACGAAUCAACAAACUUCCCCGACAGGCCAAAAUGGAGUCCCGUCGCUGUCGCGUGAAAAUUCAGACGCCACCAUGUACUCCGGUGUUUCUCCCACCGAUGCGCGCUCCACCACAUCUUCCGAAUGGUAUCGAGAGAGUAGGCCUACUUCUCCGCAUAACGUUUCUUCUCCAACCUCAAAACUGCUUGACGGCCAUUCCAAUUUCCUGGCAGUCCCCGGCACUAGAUCUCGCGGGAACUCGAUAGAGUCCGAGAAUGGAAGCCAUACAGACUCCUUUGGUGGCGACACCUACGUGCAAUCCAGCCCGUCGCAUACCGAACGCAUCUCACAGGACUUUGGCCACUCAAACACCCUUUUCUUGAACGAUGAGGAAGCUUUGCGACCAGAUCCUGGGACUGAGGAGGAUUUCGAAGUGGAGGAUAAUAAGUUCGCUUUCACCCCCGGCCAUAUGAAGAAAUUUUUCAACCCGAAAAAUCUAGGUGCUCUCCAUGCAGUGGGUGGAAUGGCAGGUCUCGAGAAAGGGUUAAGAACCGACCGAAACUCCGGUCUGAGCGUUGAUGAGGCAUACUUGGAUGGUACCGUGUCGUUCGAAGAGGCCGUGAGCGGGGGGCAGCAAAGUCAACAACCCAAGGCUGUCAGUCGAAUGGAUACCCAGAGAACACAAUCAAGCCGGCACUCACGAAUCGACGCCGCUUAUGCUGACCGGAAGCGCGUGUUUGGUGCAAAUCAACUGCCCGAAAAGAAAAUCAAAACUAUUUGGGAGCUUGCCUGGAUUGCGUACAACGACAAAGUUCUGAUCUUGCUUUCCGUUGCAGCAGUCAUCUCACUGGCCCUUGGAAUCUAUCAAUCGGUUACAGCUACGGAUGGCGAGGCAAGAGUGCAGUGGGUUGAGGGCGUCGCCAUUAUCGUUGCUAUAUUGAUUGUGGUCACUGUGGGAGCAGUGAACGAUUACCAAAAGGAACUGCAAUUCGCCAAACUCAAUAAAAAGAAGGAGGACCGUCUCAUCAAACUGAUCCGUUCAGGCAAAACGGUCGAAAUCUCCGUUCACGAUGUCCUAGUUGGCGAUGUGGUCUUGCUGGAACCUGGAGAUCUUGUGCCUGUGGAUGGUAUCCUCAUUGAAGGACACGAUAUAAAAUGUGACGAGUCAUCUACCACCGGUGAAUCAGAUGUCUUGCGCAAACACGCCGCGGACGAUGUAUACCAAGCUAUUGAGAACAGAGAGUCGCUAAACAAGCUGGACCCGUUCAUCUUGUCCGGUGCGAAGAUUUCGGAGGGAGUGGGCAAGUUUAUGGUCACUGCCGUCGGUGUCCACUCAGUCUACGGCAAGACCUUGAUGUCCCUGCAGGACGAGGGACAGACUACACCCCUACAGUCUAAACUUAAUGUGCUAGCUGAGUAUAUUGCCAAGCUCGGUCUGGCUUCUGGCCUUUUACUCUUUGUUGUCCUCUUCAUCAAGUUCCUUGUCGAGCUUAGUACGUUCGGCAGCGCUGGAGAGAAGGGCCAGGCGUUCUUGCAGAUCUUCAUUGUCGCUGUUACGAUCAUUGUCGUGGCUGUUCCUGAAGGAUUACCACUAGCUGUCACCUUGGCGCUUGCUUUUGCCACGACCAGAAUGCUCAAGGAUAAUAACUUGGUCAGGCUGCUUCGCGCAUGCGAGACUAUGGGUAACGCUACUACCAUCUGCUCAGACAAGACUGGCACCUUGACUCAGAACGUGAUGAAGGUGGUUUCUGGUUGUCUUGGCACGUCGAAUCGCUUUCUGGAUAAACAAAAAGUCCAGUCACAGUCUAAUGAAUACAGCGAUUCGGAUACCGCAGAAGUUCCUCCUUCCACCCUGGUGUCCGGACUGUCUCCCGAAAUCAAAGAACUUCUUCUCGAUUCCAUUGUUCUUAACUCGACUGCUUUCGAAUCCCAAGAAGAUGACGGACGACCGACUUUUGUCGGCUCCAAGACCGAGUCGGCAUUGCUCGGUUUUGCUAGAGAUUAUUUGGGGCUUGGAAACCUCAGUGAGGGCCGGUCUAAUGCUGAUAUGGUUCAAAUGGUUCCCUUUGAUUCUGGUCGUAAAUGCAUGGCGGUUAUCAUUAAGAAGAAAGAAGGCCAAUACCGGAUGUUUGUCAAGGGCGCAUCGGAGAUUCUCCUCGCCAAAUCUUCUCGGGUGAUAACCAACCUCGGGAAGGGUUUAAACGCUGUUCCAAUCAGCGAUGAUGCCCGUACCGGUCUCUUGAACAUAGCUAAUACGUAUGCAUCACGAUCCCUGAGAGCCGUCAGCUUGCUCUAUCGUGACUUUACACAAUGGCCACCUCGUGGAGCCCCUACACAACAGGACGAUCGAAAUCUAGCUGUCUUUGAUGCUAUCUUCGAAGAUAUGACUUUGAUCGGGGUCUUCGGCAUCCAAGACCCUCUGCGACCGGGUGUUACGGACGCCGUCUAUCAAUGUCAACGUGCAGGUGUCUUUGUUCGAAUGGUCACAGGUGACAACAUCAACACCGCCAAGGCUAUUGCCCAAGAAUGUGGUAUUUACACGUCUGGCGGUGUUGCCAUGGAAGGCCCUAAGUUCAGGAAGCUGAGCAGGAAGCAGAUGAACCAAAUUAUUCCUCGUCUGCAAGUCCUGGCGCGGUCUAGCCCUGAUGACAAGAAGAUACUAGUCUCGGCGCUUAUUCGAUUGGGUGAGACUGUUGCCGUUACUGGUGACGGCAGCAACGAUGCAGCAGCUUUGAAGACAGCUGAUGUUGGUUUUGCAAUGGGUAUCGCAGGAACUGAGGUGGCAAAGGAGGCCUCCGAUAUCAUUCUGAUGGACGAUAAUUUUACCUCGAUUGUAAAGGCCAUGUCCUGGGGCCGUACUGUCAACGAUGCUGUCAAGAAAUUCUUACAAUUUCAAAUUACCGUCAACAUCACUGCUGUUAUUCUGACUUUUGUGUCAGCGGUCGCCAGUGGUGAUGAAACCUCUGUUUUGUCUGCUGUCCAGCUGCUCUGGGUUAAUCUUAUCAUGGAUACUUUUGCAGCUCUUGCACUAGCGACCGAUCCCCCGCUUGCGUCUGUUCUUGAGCGCCGCCCAGAGCCAAAAUCUGCACCCCUGAUCACUUUGACGAUGUGGAAGAUGAUUAUCGGACAGUCUAUCUACCAAUUAGUCAUCACAUUCAUAUUAAACUUUGCCGGGAAGAGCAUAUUAUCAAAUAUGAACGUAUUUAGCAGCCCAGAUGACAUUGCAUUGGAACUCAGUACGGUCGUUUUCAACACAUUCGUGUGGAUGCAAGUGUUCAACCAGUAUAACUGUCGACGGUUGGACAACAAGUUCAAUAUUUUGGAGGGCAUGUUCCGCAAUUACUGGUUUUUGGGAAUUCAACUCAUUAUUAUUGGUGGACAAGUAUUAAUUAUCUUUGUCGGUGGCAAGGCGUUCUCUAUCACGCGGCUGAAUGGAUCCGAGUGGGCGGUCUCACUAGUCCUUGGAGUAUUGACUCUUCCAGUGGCUAUUAUAAUUCGACUUAUUCCUGACGAGUUUAUCCGACGCCUUAUUCCUACUUUCUGGAGGCGCAAGAAACAGGACGGCCCCCAAGUACUUGUUUCAGAUGAAGACCGCCGAUAUGAAUGGAAUCCUGGUCUGGAGGAGAUUCGUGAUCAGCUCACAUUCUUGAAGACGCUCCGCGGCGGACGUUUGAAGCAUCUUAAACACAAAUUGCAGCACCCUGAAACCUUACUACCGCGAUCCCGUAGCGGAUCACGGUCUCGCGAAGAUUCGAUCCUAACAGCAUCGAACGGCGAGCCCGAAACAUCGUCGCCUCCUCCGGCCACUCCAGAAUCGCGUUCUCGGACCCGGACCCGGUCUCGGUCGAACUCAGCGUUCGGCCCGGCAGCAGCGAUGGCAGGUGUUAUUGCGGGUAGUAUUGCAGGCUGGUCGCCUGUGGAACGCAAUCCAGGCGAGCAAGAAUCGUGGCAUUUGUCAAGUGGCAGCCCCCAUUCAGGGUUGGAUAGGCAGCAGGGACUUGAUAUUCACCCAGAAACGCCGCAAAAUGAUCCUAUCAUUGUGAACAAUUACACUCUGUCCUCUACGACACCGCCCAGUCAAAACCCAGAUUUAAUUCCGGUAUUUGAGCAUGCUCCACCUGAUCGCGUGCCGAGUCGCGGGCGACGUUCGACGUCGGGGCGAUCGCGGUCGAAUACGAUGACUACGUUUAAUAGUCGACGAUCUACUUCAAAUUCUCAAGCUCAAGCUUGA